ACCUAGCCGGCGGCGGCGAAGGCGAUGGCGCGGGAGGACAGGAAGCGGAAGCAGGACACCGACGACACCGCCGACGACGGCGAGAGGAGGGGGCGGCGGGACAAGAGGCCCAAGGAGGAGAAGCCGGCGCCGCCGCUGCCGUCGGAGAUCAGGAACAAGGAGAAGCGCAGCGAGGUGUACGCCAAGCUCAAGCGCGACAAGAAGGCCCAGAAGCGCAAGCUCGGCCGCGAGCGCGCCCAGGCCGCGCAGCGCGCCGCCGAGCUCGGCGAACAGGUGCCGGAGAAGCAGGUGCCCCGGACGAUCGAGAACACCAGGGAGCCUGACGAGACCGUCUGCCGGCCUGACGAUCAGGAGCUGUUUGCAGGGAAUGAUGCUGAUGAAUUCAAUGCAGUUCUGAAACAAGUAGUAACCCCGAAAGUAUUGAUUACCACAUGCCGCUUCAAUUCAGGCAGGGGACCUGCUUUUAUUAAGGAGUUAAUGCAAGUGAUACCAAAUGCUCAAUAUGUUAAUAGAGGAACUUAUGACCUCAAGAAAGUUGUGGAAUAUGCAAAUAACAGAGAGUUCACUUCAGUUAUGGUUGUCCACACAAAUCGAAGGGAACCUGAUGCACUGCUGAUCAUCAACCUGCCUGAAGGCCCUACUGCACAUUUCAAGCUAUCCAAGCUUGUUCUGCGGAAAGAUAUAAAGAACCAUGGGAACCCUACAAGCCAUAAGCCAGAGUUAGUGUUGAAUAAUUUCACUACGCGCCUUGGUCAUCGUGUUGGAAGGAUGAUACAAUCUCUUUUUCCCCAAGACCCUAAUUUCCGUGGCCGCCGAGUUGUGACCUUCCAUAAUCAGCGAGACUAUAUAUUUUUCCGUCAUCACAGGUAUGUAUUUGAAGAGAAAGAAAAGAAAGUGGUGACAAAGGACAAGAAAGGCAAGGCUUCUGAAACCAAAACAGAGAAGCAUGUGAAUUGUCGCCUUCAGGAAUGUGGUCCUCGCUUCAUUCUCAAGCUGAUCACCUUGCAACACGGGACCUUUGACACGAAAAGCGGCGAGUACGAGUGGGUUCACAAGCCCGACCUGGACACAAGCAGGAGAAGAUUUUUCUUGUAAUGGGCGUUGCGCUUGCUUCAACACCGAAGUCUGUUUGCUCUUCCUCGGAAAAUUACUGUAGAGUAUGUUUGAGUUCUGUAACAAACUGGAAUCCACAUUUCAAGCGAUUAUUUUUAGUGUACCCGUCAAAUGAGUUCCUAAAUUUUGCCUUGUACGAACUCCCAGCUAUGUUACAAAAAGUUUAUUACUUACCUUUU